UGUUGCUCUCUCCUUCCACACUGAACUCUAGCCUGGUGCGUCAGUGCAGACGGCCUCCGAAUGACAACCCUUAUCCCCCGUGAGCCCUACUCCCAGGAGGAGCUGGAACGGCUCUAUCCCCAAGAUCUGAAACUCCAAUUGGUCCAAGUGUUCCUUCGUCAUGGAGAACGGACACCCGUCUCUUCGCGAUUUCAGAAUGCAGGACUUGCUCCAUAUUGGCCUUACUGCAACGUUGCGCGGCAGAUGAUCCAGAUGGCUUCUAGCAACAAGGAUAUCACAUCAUGGAACGGGUUCCAAUGGCGGAGGAAGACGGAGGCAUUUGGCGAUAAGGACCAAUCCGUGGUUGCAGUAGGAGCGGGCGGUGAUAUAGAAGGAAUCUGCCAGCACGGUGAGCUGACAGACAAAGGACGAGAGACAACCUUUGCACUCGGCCAGCGUCUACGACACCUCUAUGUCGAUCAGCUGGGGUUCAUGCCUAAGAUCAAAGCCGACACCGAGGACAUGUACCUUCGUGCCACUCCCAUUCCCCGUGCCCUUGAGUCCCUUCAGCAAGCCUUCUGGGGCAUGUAUCCCGCCAGUGCUCGCACACAGGACUUCCCACCCCCGGUGAUCGUUGCACGCUCUGUUUCGGAGGAAACGCUCUUUCCUAAUGAAGGGAACUGCCGUCGUUUCAGACAGCUUGCCAGACUGUUUGCAAAGAGAGCAGGAGAAAGAUGGGACAACACCGAACAGAUGGACUAUAUCAACAAGCGCCUGUCCAAAUGGAUGCCAGAAAGCUCCCCCAGAAUCGCGGUGAACGGUCACCCCCAGCUUUGCGGAAUCAUGGACACAAUCAACGCCACUGAUGCUCACGGACCCGCAACAAAGCUUCCCUCUGAGUUCUACGACCGCAAGGUCAGAGAAUACAUUGACAAGAUCUCCGUCGAUGAAUGGUUCGCCGGAUACACUGAGAGCAAUGAGUACCGCAAACUCGGUAUCGGAGCUCUGCUCGGCGACGUUGUCGACCGCAUGGUCAGCACCGCCGUCGACGGCGGCUGGCGCAGUGAGACCUCCGCAUCCGGAUCCUCCCCCAACAACGGCAAGGCCAUCAAGUUCGCCAUGAGCGGUUGCCACGACACGACCCUCGCCGCCAUCCUCUCCAGCACAGGAGCCUUCGACGGCAUAUGGCCUCCGUUCACAUCCUCCGUUGCCAUCGAGCUCUUCUCCAAGGCAGAACAAGCACAAGCACAAGCACCCGCACCCACGAGCGAAGCCACCCCAAAGAAUAGCGGACUCUUCUCCUUCCUGACCGGCUCUUCCCCUACUACCAACAAUACCCCCCAGCCAUCCGAAACGGCCCGCGUCCCUCUGUCUUCCUUCCCUGAAUCAUCCAAACAAUCCCUGCGCACCCACUAUGUCCGCAUCCGAUACAAUGACCGUCCCGUCCGGAUCCCCGGCUGCGCCGCCAAGGCCGAGAACCAUCUCCCCGGCGACGAGUCUUUCUGCACCCUUGAAGCGUUCAAGGAAAUCGUCGACAAGUUCACCCCCAAGAACUGGAGACAGGAGUGCCUGCAAAACAUCGGGGAGGGGCUGUACGGUAAGGACGACAGUGAGAAGUCGACUGCAGGCUUCUAGAGCUAUGGAUGACGGCAUACGCCUGCAGGCUCCAUCCGUAUGUAUAUUGGGAAACUGAAUCUUGGAAUCCUUCUUGCAUUUGGAUCUGCUUUUGCACCAUCAAGAUUAGAUUAUCCCAUAGAGAAAGUAGAUAUUAUUACAGAUCACAUCCC